AUGGCAGACGCAGGCAGCACAGCCAACCUCCUCGCCGCGGGCGGGGACAAGAACGCUGCGGGCGCGGCUGCGGGCGGCGGGGAGGAUAAGGAUCCGAAGAAGAAUUUCAAUUACCCGCUUGUUAAGGUGUGCGAUAUGGCCGACGAACUCCGCACCGAAGCCGUGGAUAUGGUCGUCACGGCCGUCGAGAAGCAUCCGGGGAAUUUCGAGGCAGCCGCACAAAACAUCAAAGAACUGAUGGACAAACGCUGCGGCAACUCCUGGCACGCCGUCGUGGGCGAGGGGUACGGGUUCGAGGUCACGCAUGAGAUGCGGAAUUUGUUGUAUGUUUAUUUUGGGGGGAAUCUGGGCGUGCUGGUAUGGAAGGCAUCAUGA